CAUGAUAACGACCACGAAAAUAAUAAUAUUAGUACAACUAGCAAGCGAAGUAAUGGAAGUGAGGUUUGGGACUUCUUUAAGAAGGUGGUAUGGCAAAAAGAAAAGAAAACAGCCAAAUAUAGUGUAUUAAAGUGCCCAUAUAUGGAAUUUUCUUUCGGACAUGGGGGCUCAACUAGAACAUUAUGGAGGCACUUAGAAGGUACACACUGGGCCCAGUACAUUGAAACAGAAGAAUAUCAUAGGAAAAAAAAAAAGACGCAAAAUGAAUAUAGUACGAUUGAAAAUCUGUUUAAGGAUUCUAAGAACCUCUCUGCUAUUGAAUUCGCUAGUACUGAUAAUAUAAAACUCUGGGAUAUAUUUGCCACCUAG